UUACAACUUCACCUUCAGACGGUCUCUAUUCCCAACAGCCAGUCUCCAUUGGUCUAAGUCCUAUGUUCAAGGCUCCUGAGAAAUUAUCCAAGUGAUCUCCGUUGCUCAUGAGUUCUCAUACAUUCUUCCCGUGGACCAUUCUCUUUCCACACAAAGUGGAUGAUCAGUUAAGGCCCUGACCUUGGAAUAGCCAACCUAAGUUGAGAAUUAGAACUUCUCUGGAGCUCUGCUGCUCUUCUGAUUAAUUCCUGGGUCUAGUGCUCAGCUUUUUCUGCAUCUGCUACUAGAGCAUCUAGACGUCCUAUAGAUCAAGUUACCAACUGCUUUCAUUGUGAUUGCUUAUUCCCAAAUGCUGUUUGAGACACUAUAUGAAGUUAUGUGGAAAUGAGAGAGAUUCAUGAAACCCCUUCUCCGGGAGAGAAUGUCUUUCAUAAAUGGAGCUUUGCUUAUCGUUGUCACAGGACAUUGACACUGCAGCAGAACCAUGGCUGCCAUUCUUGGUAGUUUCAGUAAUUCACAGAACAUCUGAACAGAGAUGCUUGCCUUGGAUUUACAGAUUUUCAUCCUGAUACUUUGUUUACUACUUUGGGGCAGGAAGACUUGCACUAAUUGCUCUCCAUGGUGGCUAAUCUUUUCAAGAGCCUGAUUUUACCUUACAUACAUAAGCUUUGCAAAGGAAUGUUUACAAAGAAACUGGGAAAUACAACCAAAAAAAAGAAUCGUCAGCACAAAAAGGAUCAAGACUUUCCUACUGCUGGCCAGACCAAAACCCCUAAAUUUUCUAAUACCUUAAAAAGCACUGUAAAGAAGUUUGCGAAGUGUUCAUCUACUCGCAACUUAUCCACUGAAGAAGACGAGACUAAUAAAGAAUUUUCCCUCUCACCAACAUUCAGUUACCGAGUAGCUAUCGCCAAUGGCCUACAAAAGAAUAUUAAUGUAACUAACAGUGAUAAUGAGGAUCUGCUUCAAGAGUUAUCUUCAAUUGAGAGUUCCUAUUCAGAAUCACUCAACGAACUGAGGAGUAGUACAGAAAACCAGGCACAGUCAACAUACACAAUGCCAGUUAGACGCAAUAGAAAGAGUUCAAGCAGCCUGGCCCCCUCUGAGGGCAGUUCUGAUGGAGAACGCACUUUACAUAGCUUAAAGCUAGGAGCUUUACGCAAACUGAGAAAAUGGAAAAAGAGUCAGGAAUGUGUUUCAUCAGAUUCAGAGUUGAGCACAAUGAAGAAAACCUGGGGAAUAAGAAGUAAAUCUUUGGACAGAACUGCACGAAACCCAAAGACAAAUGCCCUCGAGCCAGGAUUCAGUUCCUCUGGCUGCAUUAGCCAAACACAUGAUGUCAUGGAAAUGAUCUUUAAGGAACUUCAGGGGAUAAGUCAGAUCGAAACGGAACUCUCUGAACUACGAGGGCAUGUCAAUGCUCUCAAGCAUUCUAUAGAUGAGAUCUCCAGCAGUGUGGAGGUUGUACAAAGUGAAAUUGAGCAGCUACGUACAGGGUUUGUCCAAUCUCGGAGGGAAACCAGAGACAUUCAUGAUUAUAUUAAACAUUUAGGUCAUAUGGGUAGCAAGGCAAGCCUGAGGUUUCUAAAUGUGCCUGAAGAAAGAUUUGAAUACAUUGAAAGUGUGGUGUAUCAAAUUCUAGUAGAUAAAAUGGGCUUUUCAGAUGUACCAAAUGCAAUUAAAAUUGAAUUUGCUCAAAGGAUAGGACACCAGAGGGACUGCCCAAAUGCAAAGCCUCGACCCAUACUCGUGUACUUUGAAACCCCUCAGCAAAGAGAUUCUGUAUUAAAAAAAUCAUACAAACUCAAAGGAACAGGCAUUGGAAUCUCAACAGAUAUUCUUACUCAUGACAUAAGAGAAAGAAAAGAAAGAGGGAUACCAUCCUCCCAGACAUAUGAAAGCAUGGAUAUAAAGCUGUCUACUCCAGAGCCCAAAAGCAAGAAGAAUAAUUGGCAGUCACCUGAUGACAGUGAUGGAGAGCUGGAAUCUGACCUCAAUAGAAAUAGUUACGCUGUGCUUUCCAAGUCAGAGUUUGCAACAAAAGGAAGUACUUCCAAGUCAAGUUCAAAAUCACACAAUUCAAGAGCCAAGAAUAAAACUGCUAGUGGCAGCAGAAUUUCAAGUAAGUCUGAUUAUGAUAAAAUUUCCUCACAAUUGCCAGAAUCAGAUAAUUUGGAAAAACAAACUACAACCCAUUAUGCAGAUGCUACACCCCUCUGGCAUUCACAGAGUGAUUUUUUCACUGCUAAACUUAGUCGUUCUGAAUCAGAUUUUUCCAAGUUGUGUCAAUCUUACUCAGAGGAUUUUUCAGAAAAUCAGUUUUUCACUAGAACUAAUGGAAGCUCCCUCCUGUCAUCUUCAGACCGAGAACUUUGGCAGAGGAAGCAGGAGGGCACAGCCACCUUGUAUGACAGUCCUCAGAAUCAACAUUUGAAAGGGGCACUUCAGGGUGUCCAAGGGCAGAGUGAAAUUGAGAACACAGAAACUGUGGAUAGUGGAAUGAGUAAUGGUAUGGUAUGUGCAUCUGGGGACCGAAGUCAUUACAGUGAUUCUCAGCUCUCUUUACAUGAGGAUCUUUCUCCGUGGAAGGAAUGGAAUCAAGUAGAGCAAGGCACUGAUUUAGGUUUAGAUUCAUCCACCCAGGAAGCUUUUGACUAUGACACAAACAGUCUAUCUGAUCAACAACUAGAUGUUUACAAUAAAGACCUAGAAGACUUGGGAAAGGGCCACAGUGACUUUCAGGAUGACUCUGAGAGCUAUGAUUUAACCCAAGAUGACAAUUCAUCUCCAUGCCCUGGGUUGGAUAAUGAACCACAAGGCCAAUGGGUUGGCCAAUAUGAUUCUUACCAGGAAGCAAAUUCUAAUGAUCUGUACCAAAAUCAAAACCAAUUGUCCAUGAUGUAUCGAAGUCAAAGUGAAUUGCAAAGCGAUGAUUCAGAGGAUGCCCCACCCAAAUCUUGGCAUAGUCGAUUAAGUAUUGACCUUUCUGAUAAGUCUUUCAGUUUCCCAAAAUUUGGAUCUACAUUACAGAGAGCUAAAUCAGCAUUGGAAGUGGUAUGGAACAAAAGCACACAGAGUCUCAGUGGGUAUGAAGAUAGUGGCUCUUCCUUAAUGGGGAGAUUUCGGACAUUAUCCCAGUCAACUGCAAAUGAGUCAAGUACCACCCUUGAUUCUGAUGUCUACACAGAGCCUUUUUACUACAAAGCAGAGGAUGAGGAGGACUAUAGUGAACCAGUGGCUGAUAAUGAGACAGAUUAUGUUGAAGUGAUGGAGCAAGUCCUUGCAAAGCUAGAAAACAGGACUAGUAUGACUGAAACAGAUGAACAAAUGCAGGUAUACGAUCAUCCUUCAUAUGAAACACCUUAUGAAACCCCACAAGAUGAGGGUUAUGACGUGCAGGCAGAUGAUAUGGUUAGUGAAGGAGGAUUGGAGCCAUUAAAUGAAACAUCAGCUGAAAUGGAAAUAAAAGAAGAUGAAAACCAAAACAUCCCUGAACAGCCCAUGGAAAUCAUAAAGCCAAAGAGAAUUCGUCCUUCUUUCAAAGAAGCAGCUUUAAAAGCCUAUAAGAAACAAAUGGCAGAAUUAGAAGAGAAGAUCCUGGCUGGAGAUAGCAGUUCUGUGGAUGAAAAGGCUCGAAUAGUAAGUGGCAAUGAUUUGGAGGCUGCCAAAUUCUCUGGACUCCAGGCGAUUGGUGGGGCUGGGCGAGGGCUUUAUGGUAUUGACAGUAUGCCAGAUCUCCGUAGGAAGAAAACUUUGCCCAUUGUACGAGAUGUGGCCAUGACUCUGGCUGCCCGGAAAUCUGGACUCUCCCUGGCUAUGGUCAUUAGGACAUCUCUAAACAAUGAGGAACUGAAAAUACAUGUCUUCAAGAAGACCUUGCAGGCACUGAUCUACCCCAUGUCCUCCACCACCCCUCACAAUUUUGAGGUCUGGACGGCAACAACACCCACCUACUGUUACGAGUGUGAAGGGCUCCUGUGGGGCAUUGCCCGGCAAGGCAUGAAGUGUUUGGAGUGUGGAGUGAAAUGCCAUGAAAAGUGUCAGGACCUCCUAAAUGCUGACUGUUUGCAGAGAGCAGCAGAAAAGAGUUCUAAGCAUGGUGCUGAAGACAAGACACAGACCAUCAUUACAGCUAUGAAAGAAAGAAUGAAGAUUAGGGAGAAAAACAGGCCAGAGGUGUUUGAAGUAAUUCAGGAAAUGUUUCAGAUUUCUAAAGAAGAUUUCGUGCAGUACACAAAAGCGGCCAAGCAGAGUGUACUGGAUGGGACAUCUAAGUGGUCAGCAAAAAUAACCAUUACAGUGGUUUCUGCACAAGGCUUGCAGGCAAAAGACAAAACAGGGUCUAGUGACCCAUAUGUUACUGUUCAAGUUGGAAAGAACAAAAGAAGAACUAAAACCAUUUUUGGAAACUUGAAUCCAGUAUGGGAUGAGAAGUUUUAUUUUGAGUGCCAUAACUCCACAGAUCGAAUCAAAGUCAGAGUGUGGGAUGAAGAUGAUGACAUUAAAUCCAGAGUCAAGCAGCAUUUCAAAAAGGAGUCAGAUGAUUUUUUGGGACAAACAAUUGUAGAAGUGAGGACCCUGAGUGGAGAGAUGGAUGUCUGGUACAACUUAGAGAAACGGACAGAUAAGUCAGCUGUAUCUGGGGCCAUAAGAUUGAAAAUCAAUGUGGAGAUAAAAGGAGAGGAGAAGGUUGCCCCAUAUCAUAUACAAUAUACAUGUUUACAUGAGAAUCUGUUCCAUUACUUGACUGAAGUGAAGUCUAAUGGUGGAGUGAAAAUACCAGAGGUCAAAGGGGAGGAAGCCUGGAAGGUUUUCUUUGAUGAUGCUUCCCAAGAAAUAGUCGAUGAAUUUGCCAUGCGUUACGGGAUUGAAUCCAUUUAUCAAGCUAUGACGCACUUUUCAUGUCUGUCUUCUAAAUACAUGUGCCCUGGUGUCCCUGCUGUCAUGAGCACCUUGUUGGCGAAUAUAAAUGCUUUCUAUGCUCACACAACAGUUGCAACAAAUGUACAGGUUUCUGCCUCAGAUCGAUUUGCUGCUACCAACUUUGGUAGGGAAAAAUUCAUAAAACUAUUGGAUCAGUUGCAUAACUCUUUAAGGAUUGACCUGUCAAAGUAUAGGGAAAACUUCCCAGCCAGCAAUGCUGAACGACUGCAAGACCUGAAAUCAACUGUUGACCUACUAACAAGUAUCACCUUCUUCAGGAUGAAGGUUCUGGAGCUGCAAAGUCCCCCAAAGGCCAGCAUGGUGGUGAAGGACUGUGUUAGGGCGUGCCUGGAUUCUACAUACAAGUAUAUUUUUGACAAUUGCCAUGAACUCUAUUCCCAACUAAUUGAUCCGAGUAAGAAACAGGACAUUCCUCGGGAAGAUCAGGGACCAACCACCAAGAAUUUGGAUUUUUGGCCCCAGCUUAUUACACUGAUGGUCACUAUUAUUGAUGAGGAUAAAACUGCCUACACACCUGUCCUGAAUCAGUUUCCUCAAGAGCUGAACAUGGGAAAAAUAAGCGCUGAAAUUAUGUGGACCCUUUUUGCUCAGGAUAUGAAAUAUGCAUUAGAAGAACAUGAGAAGCAGCGGUUAUGCAAGAGCACCGAUUAUAUGAAUUUGCAUUUCAAAGUGAAAUGGUUUUAUAAUGAAUACGUGCGAGAGCUUCCUGCCUUCAAGGAUGCUGUCCCUGAAUAUUCCUUGUGGUUUGAGCCUUUUGUCAUGCAGUGGCUAGAUGAAAAUGAAGAUGUAUCAAUGGAGUUUCUUCAUGGAGCACUAGGAAGAGACAAAAAAGAUGGAUUCCAGCAGACGUCUGAUCAUGCCCUCUUCUCUUGUUCUGUGGUUGAUGUCUUUGCUCAGCUUAACCAGAGCUUUGAGAUUAUUAAGAAACUGGAGUGCCCUAAUCCUGAAGCAUUAUCUCACUUAAUGAGAAGAUUUGCAAAGACUAUCAAUAAAGUACUGCUUCAGUAUGCUGCGAUUGUAUCGAGUGAUUUCAGUUCAUACUGCGAUAAGGAAAAUGUGCCCUGUAUAUUGAUGAACAAUAUUCAACAAUUGCGGGUCCAGCUGGAAAAAAUGUUUGAAUCCAUGGGAGGGAAAGAGCUAGAUCCUGAAGCUAGUGCUAUUCUAAAAGAACUUCAAGUUAAACUCAAUGGGGUUCUGGAUGAGCUCAGCAUCACUUAUGGUGAAAGUUUCCAGCUUAUCAUUGAAGACUGUAUAAAACAGAUGAGUUUUGAACUAAACCAAAUGAGAACAAAUGGAAAUACUGCAUCUAAUAAGAACAGUGCAGCAAUGGAUGCAGAGAUUGUGUUAAGACCCCUCAUGGACUUCUUGGAUAAAACAUUAAGUCUCUCAGCAAAAAUCUGUGAGAAAACCGUCCUAAAGCGAGUUUUAAAGGAGUUAUGGAAGCUAGUUCUUAACAAAAUAGAAAAACAAAUUGUGCUCCCUCCUCUGACAGAUCAAACAGGACCUCAGAUGAUUUUCAUUGCAGCUAAAGAUCUUGGACAAUUAUCCAAACUGAAGGAGCACAUGAUUCGGGAGGAUGCCAAGGGUCUGACACCAAGACAGUGUGCUGUGAUGGAGGUGGUCCUGGCUACUAUCAAGCAAUACUUUCAUGCAGGAGGAAAUGGCCUGAAAAAGAAUUUCUUGGAGAAAAGCCCAGAUCUUCAGUCUCUGAGAUAUGCUCUCAGUCUUUAUACCCAGACAACUGAUGCCUUGAUAAAGAAAUUCAUAGACACUCAGACCUCACAGAGUCACCCCUCCAAAGAUUCAGUGGGUCAGAUUUCUGUUCAUGUGGACAUCACCACUACCCCAGGAACUGGAGAGCAUAAAGUCACUGUAAAAGUGAUUGCUAUUAAUGAUCUUAACUGGCAGACCACUGCAAUGUUCAGGCCCUUUGUGGAAGUUUGUAUACUGGGACCCAACCUUGGAGAUAAGAAGAGAAAACAAGGCACAAAGACAAAAAGCAACACAUGGUCACCCAAGUACAAUGAAACAUUUCAAUUCAUUCUAGGUAAUGAAAACCGGCCAGGGGCUUAUGAACUUCAUCUAUCAGUUAAAGAUUACUGCUUUGCCCGAGAAGACAGAAUUAUCGGAAUGACGGUAAUUCGGCUACAGAACAUAGCAGAAAAAGGAAGCUACGGGGCAUGGUAUCCCCUUCUGAAAAAUGUCUCCCUGGAUGAAACUGGUUUGACUAUCCUUAGAAUACUCUCUCAGAGGACCAACGAUGACGUGGCUAAAGAAUUUGUAAGACUGAAAUCUGAAACAAGAUCUGCUGAAGAGACUGCUUAAACAAAUACUGCAAGAUAUCAUCUUCAAGAAUUCAUAAACUAUAACUGUUUGACUACUGCAUGCAUGUGCAAAUACAUGGGAAUGUUUAAUAGUUCACUAUGUUUCAGUGUUUGCCAGUACUCAGUGUCCACAAAGUAUGUGGAAAACUUGCUGAGCUUUUUAUACCAAUUCUGGUCUUUGGGAAAUAAAUGUUCCAUGAAGUGCCAAAAUUAUGAUGUAAAGUGAAAUAUCCAGCAUAUCUUUUAAAAUGUUUCAUUUCAUUACCAGUUCUCAUCCUUUAAACAUACUAAAACACAACUAGGUGUUUUGUUUUGUUUUGGUUUUGGUUUGUCCAUUGUCUUUUAAAUUAGCUUAUAUUGCCCAUAGAUCAGAAGGCAUUUGUUACCCACAUUCUGUUUUAUUUAGACUUACCUCAUUGUAGAUGUCAUACAAAGAACUUUUUCUAUCAUAACUAGAAAUACAGUCACUUCUAGAAAGUGUUUGUAAUUUUAUAGUUGCAGAUCUAUUGUGAUGAUUUUUGCAUACAAAUUAAAAUAGAAAAGGUGGGAAAUAUUUUAUGCUGACCAGUUUCCAACCUUUCUGAAAUAUCACUGUGAAGAAAUGCUAUUAAAGCAAACUUAUACAAAGCGAUGCUAAAUAGAGUUUGUUAACAAUGUUUGAUAUAUUGACAAAACUUUGUUCUUUAAAACUGCCAAGGUCACAUCACAUUUGUAAAAAAGGUAAGUUGAUGCAUUUGCCAUCUAGCACUAUGUCUUGGCUUUACCAAAUUUCAUUCUUUAGAAAGUCAUUGGAUUAAGGGUUUAGAAAUGCAAUGGAAGGUUUGUUUCUUCAAAUUACCUAUAAUAAGUAACUAUACUGUUAGUGUUUUCCCUCUGACAGUUAUGACUAUCUCCUUAUUUAUUUAGCACUAUAAUCAUUUAAUUGCUUUUUUCUGUUUAAAACUAGUCAACAAUUUGUACUGAAUGCAGCAUUACUAUAUAUUGCACUGGAGCAAAAAUACAUGUCUUCAUCUAUUUAAUGAAAAAUGUAAAAUAAGGUCUGAAGAAAUUGCUUAUAAUUUUGUAAUUUAUGUUAUUUAUGAGCACAAAGGCAUAAGAUACAAUAAGAAAACAACUUAGUACAGCUUGGUACAUAAAAAAUAACUAGAUUGGAUUUUCAUUAUGAAAUAGUUUAUGAAUAUUUGCAUUUUCUGUGUUUUUAUGGUUUGACUUUUUAGAGUCUGUAUCUAAAUACUUGGCUGUACAACAGUACUUCGUAAUUGUACUUAUGGUCAUAACUGUUAGUGGAUAACAUACACAUGCAGAAACAAGAAUCUGUUACAAUGAUUGUGUUUUGUGAAUAAGCUGGUCUGAUAUGCUAAGGACAGAAAUGAAUAGUAUCAUGACUCUCAGAACCAUUCUGUUACUGGAUGUGAAAACACAUACGGGAGACAUCCACUAUUUCAUGUUAAAUUGUUAGGCAAUUGCUUUGUUAAUGACUUCUUCAAACGCAUAGUACAAUACUAUCCUCUGGCAUAUGCAUUAAUAAAUGGAUGUUUAUUGAACACACAUAA